AUGCUUUAUUUGCUAAUUAUACAAAAAUUAAUAAUCAAUAAAAAUCAAAUUAUUUAUUAAAUUAUCAAUUAACUUAACUUUCUUUAAGAAAUAGUCCAUUUCAAAAAAAGCAAACAUUUACUCAUAAAUUAAGUCAUUUUAAGAUAAAAUAUAUUUUUAAAUUAACAUAUUUCAAGUUUGUUUUAAAUUUGUUAAAAAAAAGAAAGAGUAAAAUUUAAUUCAUUAUAUAAAUUGUAUAAUUUAAUUUUCAUUUAUAACUACAUAAAAAUAAUAUAUAUACUGUCUCCCAGUGACUCUUAACUCGAGCCAAACUCGAGCUUAAUGCAACUUUGA